AUGAUGGUGUCGCGGGGGCUGUUCGGGUGGUCGCCGCCCCACAUGCAGCCGCUGACGCCGGUAUCGGAGGUGUCGGAGCCGCCGGAGUCACCGUCGCCGUUCAUGGACUCCGGGGUGGAGGCGGUGCAGGUGGAGGACGAAGGGCCUGUGGACGACGUGGAGGAGAUCGAGCCACCGCCGGCCGCCGUGCCCUUCUCCAGGCUGUUCGCGUGCGCCGACGGGCUCGACUGGGUGCUGAUGACGGUCGGGGCGUUCGCUGCGGCGGCGCACGGGAUGGCGCUCGUCGUGUACUUGCACUUCUUUGGGAGCGCCAUCAACUUGCUCAAUUCGCAGAGCCGUAGUUCCGAAAUCCAUGGCCAUGGGGAUGUGCUGUUCCAUAAGUUCAAGGAGCAUGCCCUAUACAUUGUCUAUAUAGCUGCUGGUGUUUUUGUUGCUGCUUGGAUAGAGGUCUCAUGCUGGAUUCUUACUGGAGAGAGGCAGACCGCAGUCAUCAGGUCAAAGUAUGUCCAGGUUUUGCUGAACCAGGACAUGAGCUUUUUUGAUACUUACGGGAACAAUGGAGACAUUGUUAGUCAAGUAUUGAGUGAUGUGUUGCUCAUUCAAUCUGCACUAAGCGAGAAAGUUGGAAACUAUAUCCAUAACAUGGCUACAUUUUUUGGUGGUCUGGUCAUUGGAUUGAUCAACUGUUGGCAGAUUGCACUUCUGACACUAGGCACUGGUCCAUUCAUUGUUGCUGCAGGAGGAAUAUCAAAUAUAUUUCUCCACAGGCUUGCUGAAAAUAUUCAAGAUGCCUAUGCUGAAGCAGCGAGCAUAGCUGAACAGGCAAUCUCAUAUGUCAGGACUUUGUAUGCAUUCACAAAUGAAACUCUGGCGAAAUAUUCAUAUGCUACAUCACUUCAGGCAACACUGCGGUAUGGGAUAUUGAUAAGUCUUGUGCAAGGCCUUGGUCUUGGAUUCACGUAUGGACUUGCCAUAUGUUCUUGUGCUCUACAACUUUGGGUUGGGAGGUUCCUUAUUUCACAUGGAAAAGCUAAUGGUGGUGAAAUUAUAACAGCUCUGUUCGCUGUAAUUCUAAGUGGCCUUGGAUUAAAUCAAGCAGCCACAAACUUUUACUCAUUUGAACAAGGGAGAAUUGCAGCUUAUAGACUUUAUGAGAUGAUAAGCCGUUCAACCUCCACUGUUAAUCAGGAUGGGAAUACCUUAGCUUCAGUACAGGGAAACAUUGAAUUCCGGAAUGUAUAUUUCAGCUAUCUUUCACGUCCGGAGAUUCCAAUUUUAAGUGGUUUCUACCUAACUGUACCUGCCAGAAAAACUGUGGCUCUUGUUGGUAGGAAUGGUUCAGGAAAAAGCAGUAUAAUUCCUCUUAUGGAGCGCUUCUAUGAUCCUACGUUAGGUGAAGUCCUUUUGGAUGGUGAGAAUAUAAAAAACCUGAAGCUAGAAUGGUUAAGAAGCCAAAUAGGACUAGUCACCCAGGAGCCAGCUUUGUUAAGUUUGAGCAUCAGGGAAAAUAUUGCCUAUGGAAGAUCUGCUACAUUUGAUCAAAUCGAAGAGGCUGCCAAAACAGCACAUGCGCACGCAUUUAUCAGUUCACUUGAAAAGGGAUAUGAUACACAGGUUGGUAGGGCUGGUUUGGCAUUGACUGAAGAACAAAAAAUAAAGCUUUCUGUUGCUCGGGCUGUGCUUUCAAACCCAUCUAUUCUUCUACUCGAUGAGGUCACAGGUGGACUUGAUUUUGAGGCAGAAAGAGCCGUUCAGGAGGCAUUGGAUAUUCUCAUGUUGGGACGGUCCACUAUUAUAAUAGCCAGACGCCUUAGCCUUAUAAGGAAUGCUGAUUAUAUUGCAGUGAUGGAGGAGGGUCAACUUGUUGAAAUGGGUACACACGAUGAAUUGCUGAAUCUAGAUGGCCUUUAUGCAGAACUCUUAAGAUGUGAGGAAGCAGCAAAGCUUCCUAGGAGGACACCUAUCAGGAAUUACAAAGAGUAUUCAACUUUCCAAAUUGAAAAGGAUUCAUCAGCAAGCCACAGUUUUCAAGAUUCAUCGUCUCCUAAGAUGGCAAAAUCACCCUCUUUUCAAAGAGCUCAUGGUGCAUUUCGGCAGCAAGAUUCCGGUUACAACUCUCAUGAAUCACCAAAGGUUCACAGUCCAACUUCAGAGCAGAUGGCGGAAAAUGGGAUGCCCUUGGUGGCAACAGAACAAGCUCCAUCCAUCAAAAGACAGGACAGUUUGGAAAUGAGAUUGCCUGAGCUUCCCAAAAUUGAUGUUCAUUCUAUAAAUAGGCAAUCCUCUAAUGCUUCAGACCCAGAGUCACCUAUUUCUCCACUCUUGACAUCCGAUCCUAAAAAUGAGCGUUCUCAUUCGAAAACAUUUAGCCGUCCUCUUAAUCAGUUUGAUGACAUGCACACCAAACAGAGGGAGAUGAAGGACUUGCAGCACCACAAACCACCAUCAUUUUGGAAGCUUGCAGAGCUUAGUUUUGCAGAAUGGCUUUAUGCUCUUCUAGGGUGCACCGGUGCUGCAAUUUUUGGUUCAUUUAAUCCGCUUCUUGCUUACAAUAUUGCACUGAUAGUGGCAGCGUACUACAGAAUUGAUGUCCAGGAUAUACAGAACGAAGUGAACAAAUGGUGCUUGAUCAUUGCAGGUAUGGGCAUUAUUACAGUGGUUGCCAACUUUUUACAGCACUUCUAUUUUGGUAUAAUGGGGGAGAAGAUGACUGAGCGAGUUAGAAGGAUGAUGUUCUCAGCAAUAUUGCAUAAUGAAGUUGGAUGGUUUGACGAAGAAGAGAACAGUGCAGACAUGCUAUCCAUGCGUUUGGCGAAUGAUGCAACAUUUGUCCGUGCUGCUUUUAGCAAUCGACUAUCUAUAUUCAUACAGGACACUGCUGCUGUUGUUGUUGCCUUUCUUAUUGGGAUGCUGCUAGAAUGGCGAGUGGCUCUUGUUGCACUGGCAACUCUACCCAUCCUAAUAGUUUCUGCUAUUGCACAGAAAAUGUGGCUUGCUGGGUUCUCAAGGGGAAUUCAGGAGAUGCACAGGAAGGCUUCUUUGGUUCUUGAAGAUGCAGUUAGAAACAUUUAUACUGUAGUGGCAUAUUGUGCUGGUAACAAGGUGAUGGAACUGUACAGAUUGCAGCUAGGUAAAAUACUCAAGCAGAGCUUUUUUCAUGGAAUGGGCAUUGGUUUUGCCUUUGGCUUCUCGCAGUUCCUGCUUUUUGCCUGUAAUGCUCUUCUCCUUUGGUACACUGCGGUUUCAGUCAAGGAUGGCCGUCUUACAAUAGCUACAGCACUUAAAGAGUACAUGGUUUUCUCUUUUGCCACGUUUGCAUUGGUGGAGCCAUUUGGCCUUGCUCCUUACAUUCUCAAACGCCGGAAGUCCCUCACAUCAGUAUUUGAAAUCAUUGACCGUGAGCCGAAGAUUGAUCCAGAUGAUAACACUGGUCUUAAGCCCCCUAAUGUCUAUGGAAGCAUCGAGCUCAGAAAUGUUGAUUUCUGCUACCCAACUCGCCCUGAAGUGAUGGUGCUUAGCAAUUUCAGUCUUAAGGUCAAUGGGGGACAAACAAUAGCAGUGGUGGGUGUUUUGGGUUCUGGGAAAAGCACAAUAAUUUCUUUAAUCGAGAGAUUCUAUGAUCCUGUUGCUGGGCAAGUUUUGUUGGAUGGUCGGGAUUUGAAGUUGUUCAACUUGAGAUGGUUGCGGAGCCACAUGGGUUUGGUUCAACAGGAACCCGUUAUCUUUUCAACAACCAUAAGAGAGAACAUUAUCUAUGCGAGACACAAUGCAACAGAGGCCGAGGUGAAAGAAGCAGCAAGAAUAGCAAAUGCCCAUCAUUUCAUCAGCAACCUGCCACAUGGUUACGACACACAUGUAGGAAUGAGUGGGAUAGAUUUGACACCCGGACAGAAGCAGCGGAUUGCCAUUGCUCGUGUCGUGCUAAAAAACGCACCGAUUUUGUUGUUAGAUGAGGCCAGCUCUGCAAUAGAGUCUGAGUCGAGUAGGGUGGUGCAGGAGGCCCUUGACACACUAAUUAUGGGAAACAAGACAACGAUUCUUAUUGCACAUAGAGCAGCAAUGAUGAGGCAUGUGGAUAACAUUGUGGUCCUAAAUUCUGGCAGGAUAGUAGAACAAGGUACGAAUGAUUCCCUGGUGCAGAUGAAUGGGUUGUAUGUCAGAUUGAUGCAACCACAUUUUAGUAAGGGCCUUCGUCAGCAUCGACUCGUCUAGGUUGAUUGCGGUGGUGGUUGGUGAUGGUUGACAUUGUUCAAAUGCUAGGAUUGAUAGGACAGAAAUAAUUGUGGAGUUAGGACAAUGAGCAACUGAGGUGGCAUGCUUGAGUGAUUUUGUUAUCUGCAUUCUUUUGGAGGCUCGCAUUCUCUUUACCGGGUUUAUGCUGCCUCCUUGGUGUAUUAAUUUGUUAAUCCAAAGGCAGAGCUGCAAGAUUUUUUUCUUCCCCAUUAGAGUUGAUGGCUUGAUUGUAGAAAAUGCUAUUCUCCAAUUUCACUUCUUGCCGAUUUGAAAUUUUUGCUUUCUAUACAGCUCUUUGUAAUUUCUGAUGGGUGAUGUGCAUGAUAUGAGAAAAAUGUAAAAUCAUAAGUAGGUUAUGUAAAACGGCUUGAUAGUGGAAUAUGCUAUUUUCCAAUUUGAUUUCU